GCAAGGUAGCCCCACAGCUGAAGCCUGACAAGUUCACCUUCCCCAUUCUACGAGUUCCUGCAGGAAGUCAGGGGAGAGAGACGGGGGUCAUGUGAUGCGUAACCAUGGCGCAUCAAUCAUUCACCCGCUGUGAUAAUUAAACAUAAACACAGGGAGGGGCCAGAUGGGGAAGAGCGAGAGAGGACGGAAGAAGAGCAGAGACAAAGGGUAGAGGAGAGGCGGAAGGCAGCGCGAGGAAAGUCUCCGAAGAGAUCAUUCGAUCGCGAGCGUUUUUUGUCCUUCGAGCGAAGCCGGUUUCUCUCUCAACGAGCCCAGCGAGCGAGGGGAGCACGGAGCAAAGGGAGCGAACGCCGCCGCGGUCGGUGAUGUCAGCGCUCACGUGGUGACGUCCCAGCGGCGGGGCGGGGCUAGGCGUCGGCGGCGGCCCCCCCAGAGGAUGGAGGCGUGGGCGAGCGGCGUGUUCGCCGCCCUCGCGGCGCUCAACAGCGCGGCCAGCGUGGCCGGCAACCUGCUGGUCCUCCUCCUGCUGCUGCUGGACCGCGAGCUGCGGGCCGAGGCGUCGGCGCUCAGCCUCAGCCUGGCGCUCGCCGACCUCGGCCUGGGCCUCAGCGUGCUGCCGCUGGCCGCCCACAGCAGCCUGGCCGGGGGCGGCGGGGCCGGCCCGGGGCCCCCGCUGUGCCAGGCGGCGGGCUUCCUGUCGGUGCUGCUGCGGACGGCGUCGCUGCACUCCCUGGCGUGGCUCACGCUGGGCCGCUGCUCCCAGCUCUGCCUGGCGCUGGGCCCCGGGCGGCUGUGGGCGGGCCGCCGCACCCUGGGCCCGCUGCUGCUGCUCUGGGCCUUCUGCCUGCUCACCGCCGCGCUGCCGCUGCUGGGCGUGGGCCGCUACGCCUACAGCCGCACCACCUUCCUGUGCGGCCCCGAGGCGGAGGCGGCGGCGGCGGGGGCGGGGGGGCGGGGCUUCAGCCUGUACGUGCUGCUGGUGGGCGCGCUGCUGCCGCUGGGGGCCGUGUGCGCGCUGCAGGCCUGCAUGGCCGCCACGGCCCGGAGGCAGGCGCGGCGCGGCACCUUCGCCUGCAACCGGGACCACUGCUUCUACGUCCCCGCCAGCAGCUACAGCCGCACCGCAGGCCUGCUGCUCGCCACCUCAGGGUGUGUGUUGGUGUGCUGGCUGCCCUACAUCUGCGUGGGCGUGUACCAGGCGGUGGGGGGGCAGGCCGUCCCGGCGGAGGUGAGCUGCCUGUCAGCCGGUCUGCUGCUGUGCUGCCCCUCCCUCAACCCCUGGAGCUUCUCCAUGAGCCACACCAGCUACAGGGCCGCCCUGAGGAGGGCCGUUGCCAGGGUAACUCCGGUGUUCUACCGAUCAGGAAAGACGCCCCAGAGUCCACCACAGAGCUCCGCCCACUUAACAACGGACCUGGCCAAUCACAGCCCAGCGGCGACCACCCUACAUCCGCCGCCGCCGCCGCUGACCCCGCCCCCCCCAGUGACCUCUGACCUCCGCCUACCUGGUUGA